AGUACAUGGUAUACCAUUGUUAAAUCUGGCGAUCCUUGUGGGCCACGAUUCCAAAAUUUCGAUCAAAGCCCCAAAAGAAAAAUGCUGCCGGUACCGCUACCGCUACAUCUGCUGAAGCGUUCUCGGGCGGAGAGAAUUUCCACAUCGUGCUCGGAAUGUCGUAGACGUAAACAAAAGGUAUGUUACGGCUCCACAUGCUUCAAAAGGUCUAAGUACAACAGGAUCCAUUGGCCCGUCGUCGCUCAACUUUGGCACGAAACAGCUGCAAUCGCGAAGGUCUCUGAUUUGAUCCCAGAGAAGACAACCUGGCUCCUGUCCAACAGCCGACCAGCACGCGUAGAAGUUGUAACAAAGGGCAUCCGUGUAGCAACUGUGCUCGACGAUUUCCACCACCGUCAUGUGAAUACAAGGAAAAUAGGCACAAAGAUGAACCUAUUCCUAACCCCUCGACAUUCGUCCCACUCCAACCGCUUCCAGAUUUAAUCCCAGCAUGGGCGAAAUACCACGAAAACGCCGGUGGGCUAGUUGUCUGGUCUGGCGUCGAUGUAGUCAUACAAUUUCCGGGAUCUGCGACUUCAGGAAAACCGAAUGCCCACUGGGG